UAGUUAGAGGCAAAGCAACCUUUGUCAGAUAUAGAAUUUACUCCAAAAAUAAGAACACUCUUAUUUUUGAUAUUCAAAAUUUAAGGGUUACUAUAGAUAACAAUAAACUUUCUACUAUAGAAACUAGUACAACUACUAUAUACUAUCAAGAGCAUCUUCUUACAAAAUCAGUAGCAGAAAAUCAACCUCUAACAAUUAGUAACUUAGAAAUUCAGGAACAAGCUUUAACUGUAACUUCAUCUUCUGCUACAAAUAUAGAAAUUAAAAGUAUUGAUACUGAUCAAGAUAUUAUUCUAAUAGAAACUAAUAAAAAUAAUAGUGCAGAUAAUAGUAUAUUUAUAACAAACAUCUUGAAAAUAUCUAAAAACAAAUCCAAAAAGAAAGAACAAAAUUACACCAAAUAA